AUGUCCACCGAAGAAGAGAUUCGAUUUGACGAUGAAGAUCUGCACUUGAGUCAAGCAUCAGGCGAUAUGGACUUGGCCACGGACUUUGAUGCUAUUGAACGACAAAUGGCCGAGAUCGAGGAAGAACAGAAGAAACUUCAACAAAUUCAGAAUGAGACCGAUGCUCAGAUGAAUCUUUCGUCGUCAAGUCUCAACGGCUCAAGUGCUUAUCCACCAACUUUGUCGGCAGAAGAAAAGGCGGAAAUUGAUGGCCGUUCCGUCUACGUUGGAAAUGUUGAUUAUGGAUGCACAGGAGAAGAGCUCGAAAAGCAUUUUCACGGAUGUGGCUCAGUUUCACGUGUGACGAUUCUCUGCGACAAGUAUACAGGACAUCCCAAGGGCUUUGCUUAUGUUGAAUUCACCGAUCCGGAAGGCAUGCGAAACGCAAUGGCUAUGGAUGAAUCGCUGCUUCGAGGUCGCCAGAUCAAGGUCUGCGAGAAGAGAACGAACAAGCCUGGAAUUUCAACGACAAAUCGCCCUCCACGUUUCAGGGGUGGCCCAAGAGGUCGAGGAGGAGCAGCGGGCGGCAUGAUUGUCAAGUAUGUGCCUGUUGGAUUUGGUCGCCCACGUGGUCGCGGUUUGCGAAGACGCCCUCACUUCAGCAACUAUGCU